AUGCUGAGCGAUUCAAAAUUUAAUGCUUGGGUCAAGUAUGUGGACACUUUGAACGUAAAUAACCCUGAAGAGCCGAAGCUACUGAUCUCUACACUGAGUAAAUACAUCUUUGAGGGCGAUCUACUUACAAUGGCCAAGAGCACGGAAGGAGCCAAUAAGAACCCGCUGUUCAGCUCGUGGGUCAAUGAUUGCGACCUUAACGCGAGCAUUCGACGAUCGAGAUGUGGCGGCAAUUCUUGCGGCGGGGAGAGCGAGGACACCUACGAAACAAGUUGCCGCGAGACUACAGUCUGCACAAGUGGAGAUGUGGCUGAGCAGCGGGAAGUCUGUUGA